GGUCCGCAGCGAGGACCUUCUAAGUUCCCGCGAGGAGUAGCGCCUCUGUGCCAGGCUCCGUUACACGUCCCGGGAUAACGCAUCAUCAUCACCCCGCCACGCCGCCGUGAACAGGACCCGAAACCCCCGCAUGGCGGAAACCUGAACCAAGGUCCGCUUCUCCCGGAGGAUGGAGCACGUGGCCCAGCUGAGGGAGGUGUUUGACAGCUGUGACGCCACGGCGACAGGCCGCCUGGACCGGGCGGAGCUGACAGAGCUCUGCACCAAACUGCACCUGGAGCCCCACCUCCACCUGCUGCUGGAGACCCUGCUGGGGGGCCGGCCGUACGCUAGGGUGAGCUUCGACGAGUUUAAAGAUGGCCUGGUGGCCAUCUUGUCCCGCUCCGUGGACCUCAGCACCUCUGAGGAUGAGAGCAGCUACCUGGAGCCAGCCCGCCCCGAGGAGGUACAGCCGAAGUUCGUGAACGGUGCGCAACGCUACGGCCGCCGGACGCACCCAGACCCCCCGCCGGGAGGUGGUCCCGCCGGCCCCGCACAGAACAGCCCCCCCGCCUCCCCCACCGAUGCCCGCAGACCCAAACUCCCACGGUCCACCUCCCUGGAGAGCGUCGAGAGCCUGAAGUCAGAGGAAGAUGGCGUCCAGGAGGGGGGAGAAGGGGGCGGAGCUCUGGAGAAGGAGGCGGAGUCUCAGAUGUGUGAUGACCUCGAGACGUCACAACACAACACACUGGAGCUGUUGAGUGAGUCAGCUGACCAUCUCUCUGGGGAGGGAGACCACGCCCCCAUCACCUCCACUCCAAGAUGGCACCCCAAACACAAGGCGGUCCGCCCCGCCCCCCCAGCGGUCCUCUGUGUCUCCGCGGGCCAGCGGGUCCUCAGCUGUCUGGACGACGGGUCGGGCAGCACCGGCCCGGAGCGGGUCGUGGCCCUCUGGACCCAGGAGGGGGUCCCCAACGGACAGGACAUCCUGCAGGUUCUGGACUUCCCCCCGGAGGAGCGUGUGAGUCUGUGUGACCUCAGCGAGGCUCUGGAGCACGAGAUGCUGAGCAGCAGGAACAGCGUCCACCAGGCGGCGCUGGUGUCCUACCGCCUCGAGAUACAGCACCUACAGCUGCAGCUGGAGCAGGUCAGCAGGGAGAGGGAUAAGGUCAGAAGUGACUUCCAGGCGGCCGACCGCAGGAACCUCCAGCUGGUCAGGGAGGGGGACGACGGGCACGCUGCCAUGGAAACGCUCAACCACAGCCGCAUCAGGGACCUGGAACAGGAGUUCCGUGAUAGGCUGACGACCCUGAGGAGCCAAUCAAAACAGGAGAGCGAGGCGCUGCAGCAGCUGGUGGAGGCGGACCGGGUGGAGUUCAGGAAGGAGGUGGAGCUCCUCAAAACCCAGAAGAGCAGACUGCAGGAGGAGCUCGACACCACCACCCAGAUGAGCGGGGCUCUGAAGGUGGAGCUGUGUGAGGUGGAGGAGAGCUUCCAGGAGGCGGAGCAGCGCGGGGCCAGGCUCCGCAGGGAGCUGGACUUGCUGUUGGGGGACCAGCUGGCCAGUCUGGACUCUCCGACUGCCGGCAGGACGCUCGAUGACGGUGUCACCAUCAGGAACCUGCAGACACACUGCCGGGAGCUGCAGGACAGGAAUGAUGAGUUGAGCUCAGAGCUGUUGAAGUGCCAGAAGUCGUGCAGGAAGAGCAGACGAUCCACUGAUGAUCCUCUCUGGACCAGACCUCACUCGCUGAUCACGGAGUCUGACUCAGAUGAGUUUGAAACCUAUAGAGGUGUGUCACCACUUGUCAAGAGGAAACGAGACCAGCCUGGGGACAGUGUGCCUUGUGAGGACCCGGCGGUCAGCAUCCAGACGGAGCUGGCCAUGGAGCAGCUGAGGGACAAACACAGCCAGGAGCUGCACAGCCUGCGGGUCGAACUGGAGACUAAAGUGAACUUUUAUGAGCGCAGCCUGGAGCUGAUGAGGAACAGCAUGGAGGUGGAGAGGAAGGACAUCUCCCAGAGCUUCAAGCUGGAGAUCAGUGAGCUGGAGGAGGAGAGGAGCAGGGCGGAGCGGGAGGUGCUGGAGCUGAAGGAGAAGAUCGAGCAGCAGAAAGGAGGAGCAUGGAGCUCAGAGCAGGAGCGCAGGGCCCAGCGGGAGUUGUCGGAGCGGGACCAGAACUAUACCCGAGCGAUCAACCACCUGGUACAGGAACUCAGCGCUGAGAAGAAGGAGCUGGAGGCGGAGCUUAAGCUCAAGAUGGACCAGGAAGUGAUGCUUGUCAGGCGGCAGGUGGAGGAGGGCCAGGCGGAGCUCAGCUGCCUGGAGGAGCGAAACUCCUCUCUCCAACAGGACGUCCUGAGGCUGGAGGAGACCCUGCAGAACAAGACGAGGAGGUUGGAGGAGGUGGAGCGGGAGCACGAGAGGAGGAGGGAGGAGGAGGAGAGGCUGCACAAGGAGAACGUGCGGUCCCGGGAGGAGGUGCUGGCGCUGAGCGGGAGGAACCUGCAGCUGAGCGGCGAGAACGCCGAGCUCAGCUCCCGUCUCCGCGGAGACCAGGAGGCGCUGCGGUUGCUACGGGAACGGCUGGAGAAGGUGACCAAGGAGCACCAGGAGGGGGCUGCCAAGGUCAGGGAGCUGGAGGAGAAGGAGGUGCAAAAGGAGAGGGAGAGGCUGCAGCUCCUCUCCUCCUGGAAACACGAACGAGAGCUCCUGGAGAGGGAGCUGACCUCCGCCAAGGAAAAGGCGGAGCGGGCGGAGGUCUUGGAGGAGGAUCUGGUCUCUCUGAGGCUCAAACAGCAGUGGGUGGAGCAGGACAAGACCCGGCUGCUGGAGGAGACGGAACACAGGACCACACAGCUGGAGGCCCUGCAGGCGGAGGUGUGCUCUGUGGAUGGGGAGGUGGAGCUGCUGCGCUCUCAGCUCCAGUCGGUCACUCUGGAGAGGAACGGACAAGCUGAGGAAGUAGCCAGCCAGCACAGAAAGCUACAGGACGUGCAGCAGAAGAUGGAGGAGCUGCAGGAGGUCCAGCGGAUCAAUGAGGAGCACCAGGAGCUGACCAUUAGCGCUAUGCAGGAGGAGAUCAGAACUCUGCGCCACCACAACCAGGACCUCCUCCAAAGAGUGUCGUUGGUCCAGAACCAGGAGGAGGAGGUCCAGAGGCUGAACCAGGACUGCCAGACCCUCCGGUCCCGUCACACCCAGCUGGAGUCAGCCAGGACCAUGGCUGAAGACCAGGCGGUGAGGUCUGACACCAGCAGGGCCGUGCUACAGGCUAAGGUGUCCCAGCAGCUGCAGGAGGUGAGGCAGGAGGUGGAAGGGUCGUCCAGGCAGCAGCUGCACCUCCUCCAGGUGCGUCUGGAGGAGCAGAUAAGGAGGAGUCAGGGGCUGGAAGAGGAGCUCCGGACCCAGGCCCUGCAGGCCAGCAGCCAGCUGCACAUGCACCAGGAGCAGCAGCAGCAGCAGCUGGCUGAGGUUCAGGAGCGGCUGCAGCAGACAGAGACGAAGGUGAAGAGCCUCCGUCUGCUGCUGCAGGACAAGAGCCAGCAGCUCACGGAGCAGGUGGGCUCCAGCCUCCAGUCCUCCCAGCUGCUCCAGUCCCUCUACCUGGAGAACUCCCAGCUGGUGAAGGCCCUCCAGGUGACCGAGAGCCGGCAGAAGAACGCAGAGAAGAGGAGCGGCGUGCUGGAGGACAAGGUCUCGGCCCUCAACAGCCUCAUCAGGGACAUGGUCCGCAUGAGCCUGGCCACCUAGCCCCUCCUCCACCCCUCCCCGGCCAGCGGGAGGGGGUUGGUGCGGUGGAGCAGAUGUUCUGGUGCUCCAAAAACUCUGAUCCAUGACACGCGCGGUACUGCAGGACUGGUGGUUUCUAUCAAUAAAGGUUUAUUUUCUAAAGCGUGUUUUGGUGGCGAUCAGGACCUCUGGACCGCUGCAGCUGUACCCUCUGGGGGCUGGGGCCUCGGACCAGGGAGGGGGCUGGGGCUGGGGCUCUGACCAGGGAAGGGUGCUGGGUCCUGCUCCACCCCUAGGUCUGGUUCAGGUCUAGCCAUAGGGCUCCACACUCUCACAUGGUCUGGUCCCGAGACCCAGGAACCCCCUGAAUGCUCCCCCCAGACCCAGGAGCCUGAGUGCCCCCCCCCCCAGACCAAGAAGCCUGCGUGGCCCCGGCUCAUUAAUAACCAUUGUGAAGGGAAACGUUGUGUUGUAUGAGGUUGCUCUAAUGUUCUAGAUCAAUCCACCAUAUGUUGUGAUGUUCUAGACCAAAGCUUUGUUAUAUGAUGUAUUGCUAGACCGUUGCAGGAUUAUCUUUGCAUUCAAACCAGUGUUUCUUAAACCCUGGACCAGGACCCAAAGUGGUCCAGGAUCCAGAUGGAGGUCUGGUCCAGGCCGGACCAGAGAAGCCCACAUGCAGAGUCUCGCGCAGAAACAACUUUAUUUAGUACAACUCAAACCAAAACAGUAUUUACAGGUGAAGUUUUGAUACAUUUUGUCCCCAAUGCACUGCUGUCCAGGUGGACGUAACUUAUGUACAUGUUGAAGUAUUAGUACAGGAUGUGGGUCCCAAUCCCAAGGUUGAAGUGGACACAAUCAUGACCCAUGAGCCGUGUUUCAACCUGCAGCAAUAAACCCCACAACCCUGACCCUAACUCCUUUG